AUGUCAGAUAAAACAUCGCUUAAAGUGUUAUUCGUACCGAUGUUAGCCGAGGGUCACGUAAAUCCCUGUAUCGGUAUUGCGUCGCAAUUGAUAGCCGACGGACACCGCGCGGUGUUUACGGCGAACGACGUUUGGCGGCCAAAACUGGCCGCUUAUGGCAUCGAAACGGUAGAGUUGGCCAAAAGUAACGCAACCAAUGAUGGGGCCAUCGAUACGGCCCUUCAGGCGCAACGCAUGAUGGCUUUGGGUAAGAUUGGCGGCGCGUCGCCCAUAGAGAAGGCCCCACUUCGGGCAAACGCAGCCGAGUAUUGGAGAAAACACGCCCAGCAUUUGGACACACAGUUGGCCGCUCUGUUGCCCGCCAUUCGGCCCGACGUGAUAGUUGUGGAUCAGUUCGCGACACUACCGGCGGUGUUGUUGUCUGGCAUACCGUGUGUGUGGUUGUGGAGCGCCGGCCCUCUCGUGAUGCUCGACGAUGAGAGGACACCGCCCGGCGAAUCAGGACUGUCCGCUACGGGAGACCCGAGACUGUGGCACGAGUUUCGCCAAUUGAUAAGAGACGUAACGAUGGAGAAGUGGCGGGCGUUCAACGACUGGGUGGUCGGCCGGGGCUGCGAACCACUGCCAGAACACUGCUUUCUAAAGGCAUCGCAUUAUCUUCAUAUAUACGGCUACCCCUUGGAGUUGGACUAUCAGGACGUGCGGCCGUUGGGCCGUAAUUAUGUCCGCUUUGAUAAUUUUAAGCGCAACGAACGGCACCUGACAUUCGCAGUGCCGCCAUCGUUGGCCGCAAAGCCCGGAGCGUUGGUCUACUUCUCGCUCGGCUCUCUCUCUUUCCGGUCGACGUGCAAAACAUGCGCCGAU